AUGAUGCUCUGGAAAGCUGUCAGCCUGCUUACCUUGGUAUACAUAUUGUCAAGUAAGUAUUAUAUUUUCUCCAAAAUUUCGUAGAAAAAAAAGUAGGUGAUAAAACUAUUUUCAGCAUUACAAGCAGCUUUAGACUAGCUUCGAAAAAGAGUUUGCUCCUCUGAUCUGUGAUCAGAUAUCCUCCUUGUUCAGUGCAAGAGCAAACGUCGUUCAAUUUCAGCGAUUAUUAUUUUUUUUGAUACAGUGUUGUUUAUUCGACGGUAGCGUUUUUUAUUUGUUUAUUCAUUUAUUUAUUUAUUUAUUUAUUUCCAACAUUGUGGUGUCGAUCAUGUUGAGUCCAUUAUUCCAUUUCACUUUUAAUUUAUUUUCGGGAUUUCCUGCUUUCAUGGUAAAUCAAAACUCAGUUUAUUUACUUCUGCUUAAGUAAAAGUGACUGAAGUGCUUAACAUACUAGAGAGAAACGUUAAUCUCGAAAUUGCCAUGGUCUUCACUCUAUGAAUUCGGCCAUGAAGUUAUAUCUUCCCAUCUUGUUGUUGAACAAAUUUUGGAAGAAACUAGUCGGUCAAAUUCUUUUAGGGUACCAGAGAAGAGAGAACUGGACCCCCAAGGCAUAAAUCGGUUCUUUAGUGAUUUCAAAUUUUAAACUGUAUCUCUUCGAAGGCAUUAAUGACGAUCCACAAUAAUUCUGAUUUCGACUGGUUUAUCCUUAGUCCCCAGCAGCCUUUAUUAAGUUGACGCGUACGGUUAGCCAUAGCCUGGCUAUAGCCUUAACGGCUUUAUUUUCACUGUUUUUCCUUACUAAUAGAUAUUGUCAGUAACUGUGCUCACAUUGUGGGUGGCUCCUCCUAAACUGUUCUACUGUUGGUAUAUUAUUUAAUGGAGCCGAAACCAGUUGUGGAAUUGCACACAUUUUCGUCAUCCUACUGAACAGUAAUUGCUUUUAGAUAAUUUUACACGCUACAACAAUCAUUUACUGUCUGUUCCCUUAGAAUUUUAACUGAGUGAGUAAAUUGAACUAAACAAAUUGCUCAUUAACUAGCCCUUUAUCCUUUUUUAUGGCAUCUCACGAAUGGCAGACAACUGAAAGGAAGUUCUGCAAGGUCAAGUUACUCUUCGGGUCUUUUUGCCACAUAUUUUCUAAACAAACAGUAGGUUUCUUUGAUGGCAGCCAACAAACUUAUUACUUGCAGCGCUGCACCGGUAUCACAGCCUGAAUUUCUUCGCAGCUGCAGUAAAAGCUGCAUUUUAUACUGUGACGAUCUUCUUUGCAUUUGUUUCUUCAUCUUGCAGUUCAAAUAUAUGAAAUUCAUAACAUCAUUUCGUCUUUAUCUCUCCUGGGUAUAUUACUAGCCAAUUUGGUUAAUUGCUACCCAGUAGCUGGUCUGCUACACAGCCGUUUUUAGUGUCGUCACGCAACGCUGGGGAGAAGCGUUGCGUGACGACACUAAAAACGGCUGUGUAGCAUACUACCCAGUAGCUCAAUUGGUUAGAGCGGUGCACCGGUAUCGCAGACGGAGGUCAUGGUUCGAUCUAAUCCUGGCGAGCCUGAAUUCUUUUCAGGUUUCGUUUUUGCAACUGUAUAUCCUGCGUGUUUAACUCUGAUGAUCUUCUCACCAUGCAUUUCUUCAUCUCGCAGUUAUUAAAUAUAUGAAAUUCAAAUUUUCAUCAUUUUUAAUUGUUACUUGAAAUCUCGUAAUCCUAGAAUGCGAAGCUUGCAACGAGACUCACGUGGGUGCAGACAGUGGUGUCCUUCAGUCUCCAAAUUUCCCUCACAAUUACCCGGAUGAAGUGUACUGUUCCUGGAGUUUCACGGUCAACCAAUCACAGCACGUGUUUUUGAUGUUCUCAAGAUUCAGUUUACAGGCCGAAAACAAUACAGAUGCCGUUCAUGUGUACGAUGGAGGGAAUACCACAGGGAAGAUGUUGGGAGUGUUUUACGGAGGACACCCACCCCCUGCGGAUGGACUCUAUUCUUCAUCAAAUAAACUGUUUGUUGUCUUCAAGUCGGACAACAAUAAAUCUUUCUCUGGUUUCAAGGCUUCCUAUCAAGCCUUGACGUGUUCUGGUAAGAGAUGUUUCAGUAUAAUUACGUGUAAUUACGUGUAAUUCGGUACCGUAAAAUUCCGAAAUAAUCCCCGGGGCUUAUACUUUUCAAAGGCCCUUUAUGAGGGGCUUAUUUUUGGAGGGGCCUAUAUUCGGAGGGGCUUAUGUACGCAGGGAAAUUUGCGUUUCAAAAUCGAUUGGGCUAGCUUGUGGUGGAAACGAAAUUUACCAUUUUUACUUUGUUCUACUUUGUAUUCAAGGGAAAAUUCCAAGUACAAGCCCUCCGGGGGGCUUAUAUUCGGAGGGGCGAUUUAACGGAGGGUUUUUUGCGUUACGAUUUUGGGGGGCUUAUAUUUGGAGGGGCUUAUACAUGGAGGGACUUAUUUUCGGAAUUUUGCGGUAUAUUGUCGUCCUUUGUCUUAGAAGUGGUAUUUUGAGCGAUUUCGUAGGAUUUUGAUUUCGUCCGUUUCCAGGCCAGUGAUGAAGAAAACUAGUUCGUGUAGUAGUUGAAAAGAAAAUUAGCUAUAGCCUGAAUAAAAUUGUCCCUUCCCUACAGCACCAGCCAGGAGGGAGGAGGUGGUAUAUUUAGGCUAUAUAGGUAUGUGCCGCCCCAAAGGGUUGGGUUCUUGAGCCACUUUGGCCUUAAAACGGAUAUAGAUGGGCUGAAAUAGGGCAUUGUUUUCAAGGGAACCACGAGAGUGUAUCGAAACGUUUUUGCGCGCAACAAUGUUCAGUGUCAAAAACUUGAAAUGGUGACCAAAAAAAUUAAUCAAUUUGUUGACUUCACUUCACAAGGUAAUGAUUUUGUAAACCGAUUAUAACCUUCAGAAGCCAGGCCUUAAAACGAGUUUUAAAAAAAUGACAUUUGUAGCUCCGUGUGAAAUAGGGUCAGAAUUUGAGGAACCGGGAGGCAAACCCCCACCAAGAAUUCCGAAGAGUACACCUCGGGACAGUACGUACCAGCUCACUUUCAACAGAGAUCGUGAGGCCUAGUUAAAAACAGAGUACAAAUUGAUCGGAAGUGAAUAGGAACAAAUAGGAUCGUUUUUCAUUUUUCUAUUAUCCCAUCCCGAAAGCCCCUUCUUUAUUCCACGAUAGAGUGUUUUCACAUGACGUCACAGUGGCCAUCCCAAAACAAUAAAACGGCGGCCAUGUUUGGUUCUAAACAAAUCCUGCGGGAGUUGAACUUUUUUCUUAUGCAAACGCUUUCUUUUGUUCCAAUAAAUUUGCAUAGAUGCUGGCCACGUUAGUGAAAACACUCUAUUACAUCCUUAAGAGAGAAUUCUUUCAUUAUUCCAACCCAAACAUUUCACAGUCUGUCAUUUCAUUAUCCCACCCUCCGAAAAGGGCAAUAUUUCAACCCGAAAAUUUCCGUUAUUCAUUCCCAUUAUGCCUCCUCCGCCCCCGAUAGUUUACUGGGUAACCCUAGCAUAUAAGUCCGUGAGGAAAGUAAACAUUAAUUCUUUCAUGGGAAAUGACAACCUUGGAAGGUUCUAUGGUGAGUAAGAGCUGGAUUGGAAACUGAGAAAAAAAACUUAAUCAUCAAUACAAUGCAUGAACCCCGGGGAAGGGGCUACUUUAGGGAUUUUUGGGUGGGGAUGUGCAGAUGGGACCCUGGAACCCUUAGCCUAUACUAGAGCUCGUUCAAGUGAAUUUUGCUACCCUAUACUAGACUAAACUCCCAAACCGCCUCCGCCCGCACCCCCCACCCCUAUCCCAGAGUAGCUGUUUUCCAGAAACUACUGAGGUCACAAAUACAGUCCAGCCAAAACAAAUCCGAUUUGAUUUUUUCAUAUUUUUGAGUGGCAAUUCCAGGUACGGUUUUCCUGAGUCUAGACUAAAAUCUACAACCAAAUGAUCAGUUUCCUGAAAAAAGAUACCCUAUUCUAGACCCAAACUCUCUGAUUUUUAUACCCUAUCCCAGAGUAAAUUAAACUGCUUGGAAACCAUACCCUUCACAGCGGCACAUACCUAUAUAGCCCAUAUAUGGCAGUAACCCUCCCCCCCCCGGGGGGGGAUGAGCCUACACAGAAACGCUACUAAAUGGAGGUCUCACCUUUUUGACAUUGAUAUUUAAGAGAAAUUACUUUCCUCAAAGCAAAGUCUCGACUCUGUGUUGAGGCUUAGAAAUUGUCGAAAUUCAACAAACUCUUAACUAUUCUCUUUGUUUGUUUUUGUUUUUGUUUUUGUUUUUUUGGUUUGGUUUAAAUGUGAAGACCCUCUUGGAAUGGAAAGUAAAAUCAUUAGUGAUGCCCAGAUCAGCGUGUCUUCAUUUUGGUGGUCCUUGUGGUCCUGGUGGUUCUGGUACUACCGGACUCCUAGUGACGUAAGGUUGAAGAAUUCUGUCGGGUGGAGAGCAAACACGGAUGAUCAAAACCAAUGGAUUAAAGUAGAUCUUCGUAGAUACACCAAAGUAACACGUGUCGCGACUCAGGGCGGUAGAUCUACAACUUAUGGAGUACUUGGAUGGGUGACAAACUUUAAGAUCCUUUAUAGCCUUGACGGAGUCUUAUGGCAGAUGUACAAAGAGCCUGGUAAUUCAAAUGCUUCAGUCAAGGUAAGAAGCAGAACUUGCUAACAACCUACAAAUUUGUCAGUUAUCUGCUAGCAGACUAACUUUGCUGUGGCUGGUUGCCAGAUCAUUUCUAAAAUUAACUGUUGGCUCUUAGCCAAUGAGAAGGCGGGUGAGUACAAUGUGUAAUAAUUUGUAUAAGCUGCACACAAGGAAUCUGUUGCCCUGCAUUUUGUCAAACUUUUCUAACUUCAAAAUCCAGUUUUUGAGGACUAGACGGUGUACAACGUUCAACAGAGAGGAGAAGUGUAACCUCACGUUACCAUGGUAGCAAAAUUUUUGGAUCACAUCAAUAGAAAGCUUGAGCAACGACGACGGAGACUUCAACGACAACGGUAAAAAAGAAAUAGGUUUAUAUUAGCAAAAUAACAACUUUGCACGUGCCUCACGCGUUUUUUUUUGUAUAUUUCUUAGCCGUCGUUACACGACUGCGACAUGAAACUUCCUAAUUUGACGCGCCCGCUUUAUCGGAUAGGUGAGCACAACACAAAAAUUAUGUUUUUCCUUUUCUAACCUUAGAUACGGUCCCUUCAGAUUCUACCCAGAAAAUGUUGCCAACAUUUGACAAAUUAAAUGAAAUUACAUAACAUCGAUGAAGUUUGAAGCAAUGCGAAUCCACUUUUUAAGUGACGUUUUGAUUUGUUGUCAUCCAGAAAUUUCGCUACCAUGGCAACUUGACUAAUGACUUUUCCUCUCUAUAAGCGAGCAUUUCUAUCCUUUUGAUCUUACUGACUAAUAAAAACGUCACAACUUGUAGACUAACAACAAAGGAUUGCGCACCGUGAGGGAGCCCUUAACAUAGACUACAACACUCCCAGCUUUUUGCAGAAUAACUAAGAUACUAAGCGCGGGCUGAUUGGCUGAGAGGUAGCCAAUUAGAACGCAGGAUUCGCGUGAUCUUGCCCGCUCUCGGAUUCAGCUAUAUCAUAAUUUGAUUUAUUUACCAAUUUCUUCGACGGUUGAAACUAAAAAGAAUUUUCACAAACAUGCUGUUUUCUCGGCUUUAUUUCCAUGGAGAAUGUUGUAACGUGGGUUAUGUAUAUGCUUUGUAUUUUCCAUUACACUUUUAGGAUGUAUUUUCAUGCAUGCUACUAUUUUGUAGGUGUUUACUGCGAGUCCUGGUAGCUACAAAACCAUCGUUUAUAACCGACUGAAUGAACCCAUCGUAGCACGGUAUAUUAAAAUUUUACCGGUGGCAUGGCAUCUCCACAUAUCAAUGAGAAUAGAACUCUACGGUUGCCGAGGUAUUCUUUCUCAGUUUUAGUUUCUAGCCUUAUAUCAAGGGAAGGGCUGAUCCCCCCCCACAAAUAGAAAAAAAAUAAUAAAAAAUGCUUAAAGCAAAUAAAACACCAGUCUUAACCCCUUCACUGCCAGAGUGCUUGAUGGAGUUUUUUAAGGCGAUUCUAACUUUUGAGUCUGCAGACAAAAUCCUAUGAUGUGACCAUUCAAAUGAAAGCUCUCUACCUGUACUUUCACAUGAUGCUAUUUGUUUGUCAAAAUUUUAGCAAAUGAAAUUUGGACAUUUGGUCGAAAUUUGCCUUUGGCCACAUUUGGCAGUGAAAGGGUUAAAGUGAGAUCCCCUAGGCUGCCCUUAAUCAGCCCUCUAAGGGCGCUUUCCAUUUGUUAGAACUGACCGGCCAGAUCGUCGCUGGAGCUGUUAUUUGACAAUGAAAUAGGCUUUUCCCAAGAGUUUUUGCUGAAAAACCAUCUCUUUCGUGCAUAGUAUUUAGGAUUUGACUGAUCUGGUUGGAUAGUUUUGAUCAAAAGUGAAGUUCUCGUUACUACGAGAAGGGUCUGGUCGGUCUUGAGUUCUGACAAAUGGAAAGCGCCCCAAGAUGGAUGCCUUUGCAUAUAUGCCAACUCUACCGGAUUAUCCAAAUGUGAUACCAAUCUCCCGGUCUCCAGUACGGGUUACCAAAUCUCCCGGACAAAAUCGAGUUAUGAGCUUUUCUGUGCUUUAAUUUACAAUUUACCCAAUUUUUUCCAAAAUUCGAAUUUUUUGCUAUUCAUAGCUUGGUUUCUGAGACAUUUUUGCACGUAUUUCAACACUGAUAACGAUUAUUACGCCGUUACAAUCAUGAAAGCGAAUUUUGAUAGCUCAUGUAACACUUCAUAUAGUGUCCUAAGCCAUUCUCAAAGGGACUGGAUCUAAUUGUGCUUAUAGCGGGUCAGGGUCGGGGGGAGAGGGUUGGUCGUCGAUCUUCGGGGAGGGUGAUGCAGAAGAGAGAGGUUGUUUACCAUUUACCACAAAUUUCCGGACAUUCCGGUCGGGAUGUAAAUGGUAAAUGUUUUUUUGGUUUGUCCCACUGGAAAAUUCCGGGGACAAACGGAAAUUCUGAAAAGGUAGUCCCGUUUUCCCGAUUGGGACGUUCUGAAUGGAAAUUCGUUUUCCAUUUACAAGUUUCUCUAGUUUCGUACUAGUUUCAUGUUGUAACUAGAAUCCAGUGUAGCGUGGCACAACAAUCCGGGAAUUUUAGACAAAAAAUGGUAAACGACAGGUACCGUUCUUACUGACCAAAAAUUCCAAACCAAAAUUUCCGGAAUUUUUUUAUACACCUUUUGCUGUUCAUUACGAGAAAAUACGCAAUCAUUUGAAUGAAACGGCGACCAAUAGUGGGAAGAUACAUUCAUUAGCGCGAAAAUACGAACAUUUGCGCAUAAAUCAGAUUCAAUUACGAUUUUUGCAUUUUAAUCAACAUUCGAUAAGACUUUUGGGCAUUCAUAUGCGUCAUUGGGCAUACAAAAGAGAAAAAUAUACUUUCAUUAACGCCAGCAUCAAAGUCAUUAACACCAUCUUGAAAGUCAAUAGGGACAACUGACAUACAUUAAAGUGCAAACACUAUUCAUUAACAUUUUUAUGACUCUGUUUGCAAUUCAAUAACAUUCCUGGACAACCUUAGGAUGGAUAAAACAAACAUUAACGCGCUUGUACAAUCAAUUGAGUGUUCUUUACAAUUAAUAUACAAAAAUCGAUUUUCAAUUAAACAACAGAAAUUCAAGCAAAUUUGGCCUGAAUUUCUGUCCGUUAAAUGUAUACCCCUCAAAAACCUCGCUAUUUAAAUAUUUUGGGAGAUAGGUUUGCAUGAAGUGGAACCCCUUAACACAUUAAGCUGCGGUCACAAUGCCAUGUUUCUGCGCAGAGCUUCAAGCACUGCAGUUGUUGUUUCCGAACUCCGCUAGUGGGAUUGCUAGGGCUUUGCCCUCAUUCCUGUUAUACAUUUUUAAAUUUCCGGACUCGAGAUCUCGGCCUUUGGUGUCGCUUUCAGACAACUUAAAUCCUUUUUAACGAUGUCUAGGGGAGAAGCAUAAGCUGUGUACGUGGGGCGGGAAUGGCCAAAUCUAGGUGGGCUGCACCCCGUCAUAUGCAAAGCCCACCGACUUAUCGGGAUCCAUUUUUUCCUCGCCCGUGCCAGAAAGUCACCAAAACCGACACAGUAUUCAUUACUCCAGCAGCUGCCGAGGAAAACUCUUGAUAGGUAAUAUUGCCAUAGUCAUAGUCAAGUUUCGUCCUCGUUGGCCGCACACUUGGCGGUACACCCCCUAUCACGCCCCACCACGACUUCUGGCCGUCUAGGGUAAACGUAUAGCCGCAGCCGUUGACGAACACACAGUGGCGAAGUACGGCGUGAUUCUUUAAACAAAUUCAUGCCAAUUUUUUUGGGGGGGGAAUUGGUAUUGUUUAAUUGAAAAUACAUUUUUGCAUAUUAAAUGUAAAGAACGCUUAAUUGAUUGUACAAGCGCAUUAAUGUUUGUCUUAUCCAUUCUAAAGCUGUCCAGGAAUGCUAUUGAAUUGCAAACAGUGUCAUAAAAAUGUUAAUGAAGAGCGUUUGCACUUAAAUGUUUGUCUAUUGUCCCUAAUGAUUUUCAAGAUAAUGUUAAUGACUCGAAUGUUGGCGAUAAUGAAAGUAUAUUUUUCUCUUUUGUGUGUCGAAUGACGCAAAUGAAUGCCCAAAAAUGUUAUUGAAUGUUGAUUAAAAUGCAAAAAUCGUUAUUGAAUCUCAUUUAUGCGCAAAUGUUCGCUUUUUCGCGCUAAUGAAUGUAUCUUCGGGCUGUUGGUUGCCGUUUCACGCAAAUGAAUGCGUAUUUUCUCCUAAUGAACAGCAAAAGGUGUAAAUGGUAAACAACCAGAGUCUCCAGAUUUUAAAUUUGGAGGGUGGCGUCUGUGUUUGGGACUGACCUACAAUCAAGCGGUCCUUUUUCCCUUUUGUUUCUUGCCUUUUCCCGGAAAAAAACGUCUGAUCGCAACCUCAUUCCCAGGCUUCUCUCCUACCCGCCCUCCGUAGGGCGGGUAGGAGAGAACCCUGGGAACGAGAUUGGCCUGAUCGCAGGUCACUUUGGGACCAGCCCAAGGUGCUCGAGUUAGAGAGACCUCCGUCUUGUCUUAUAAAGAGUCCAAAAAAGGGACUAAAGAAAGGAAAGUACACAGUAAGUUUCAAGGAGUUAUAAUACCUCCUGAAGUGGCGGGUUAAUGUAACUCCUUACAGUGGAGCUAUUUUUGGGGGGAGUUAUUUAACUCCAAAAAGGAGUUUAAAGAACUCUUUUUGAGGAGUAAAAAUCACCCCAGAUAUUGAGGAGUUAAAAUAACCCCAAAACAGGAGUUAUCCUGUACCUAAAGUUUUUACUCCACUUUCAGAAUUAAAGUAACUCCAAAAAGAGUAAAAACAACACUUGUAAGGAGUAAAAUUAACCCCAUUUUCCGAGUGAAAAGAACUCUUUUUUAGGAGUAAAAAUAACCCCAAAUUUAGAGAUAAAAUAGGAGUUAAAGUAACCCCAUAAAGGGUUAUCCUGUACCUAAAAUUUUUACUCCAUUUUUGGAGUUAUAAUAACUCCCAAAAAUUACUGUGUACCAACUCUAGUUGGAACUUCUUCGUACACAACGGCUGCCAUCGGUAUCUUGUAAUGCCGCGAUAUAGGGCUGUAAUAUGAUCCAAUAAUACUGGUUCUGAAAGUUAUGUAAGCCGACCAAUGUUUAACUAAAUAUUAAAAAUCAAUCUUCUCUUGAUGACUAUAAUCACAAAAUUCGCAGUCAACUACGCUCUAAUAACGUUGAACUGUGACUUUUCUGUCCUACUAUUUUAAAGGAAACUAAUUCUAUAUACUUCAACAUUUGCUUAUAUGCCCAACCAUUUUAAAUUGAAUCAAUUUAUCAGGUUGCAUAGCUUCUCUUGGUAUGGAAAAUAGAACAAUUGUCGAUGCCCAAAUAAGCGCCUCUUCGCAAUAUGAUAGAAACAGUGGUCCACAAAGCGCUAGAUUAAAUGGACGAGGAGGUUGGAGACCUAGCAUCAAUAACCGAGAUCAGUGGCUUCAGGUUGAUCUUGAAAAAUAUACCACAGUAUCACGUAUAGCUACUCAGGGACGAGGUAGUAGGAGAUAUGGGCCGUGUGUUACUAGUUACAGGUUGCAGUACAGUGAUGACGGAGUGAACUAUCAUUCGUACAAAGCACGAGGACAAGAUUCAGUUAAGGUACGCCCAGUUGGCCAGCAUUAUUUAAGAAAAGUACCAAGCUUUUUAGAAAAUCCACUUUUGAGCAUAAAACAAGCAAAUUUGGCCAUAAAAUGCCAAAUCGGUGAAAUUGACUUUUAGGUUUUUUUGAUUAAUGUGGCUCCUAUAUAUAUAUAUAUUUUUUUUUUGCUUUGUUUUUACUCACAAAAAAUAAAUCUCAGUGGAACUGUCUUUUAGUUUUUGUUUUGUCCCUCACUGAAGUCAGUGACAAGUAAAACAGAAAGAAUUUUUCACUACACACCUGAGCCAGAUCGCAUCUACAGUCUUGUAUUUUUAAGGGUGGGGGGCACUGAAGUGAGUAAAUGCACAACUACACAAGGAACAAAUCAUCUGUUAAAACUGAACUUUACCUUAGAGUCAGUAGGAAAGCGAUGUAAGGAAGAUAUGUGUGUUUCUGGAGUCAACACUAAAUUCUUUAUCUUUUUAAUUUGUUUUUACCUCAGGUUUGGGCCUUAAAAUAGGGUAUCAGUUUUCAUUUGUACCAUCGUUAACUAGGGUCAGGGUUUAAGACCCUGAGUGGCACACACCGAUCCAAAAUGUAUAGGAGUACCCUGCCCUCCCUGGAAUGUUUUCCACCCAACAACACGAAUUUUCUGUUGUAAGCAUUUCACCCUUAGGGCUGUUGAGAAACUUAUUCUACAGACUAGAAACUUACUAAAACCAAUGAAUGAUUAACUAGAAACUGGUUUAUAUAGCUGUUGUUGUUGUUGUUGUUGUUGUUUUGUUUUUUAAAUAGUUGUUUAAUGGAAAUAGACGGUAUUAUACAAGCAACGUUGUUAUCAAUGAUCUGAGCCGGCCAAUCACGACGCGUUACAUCAGAAUACUGCCAGUGACUUGGCCCUGGUACGGCAUAGCAAUCAGAAUGGAAAUCUACGGCUGUCCAGGUAAUUUAAAAAAAACAAUAUUCUCUCUGCUACAGGAGGAUCUUGUAGAUUCAACUCUCUUAACUUUGACACCAUAGUUGAAUCCCCUGACAUAUAUCAACAGCAUAUUGCAUUUAAAUUGUACCAAUUUUUUAUUAUUAUUAUUAUUUAAAUUGUUUUAAGCAUGUCUUACCUCUUUUAUUUCAAUGCCUGCCUUAAACUUCUCGUAUACAAUUGAUUUACCCAGAGAUAAAAAACGAGACUGUCCAGCUAAGCUUGAGUUGUUUUGGGAAUUAAUUCUCAAGGUACGCCUUUAUUUCCUGGAGGGGUCAGAUAUUGAGGCUGACGCACGAAAUAUGGAAAAAUUGAAUAGCGUAAAUAAAAGCACACGCAUAAUUCACCAUAACUAGCUGCUGAUGACUAAAUUUGGAAAAAUUUUGUAUUUAACGAGGAAAUGACGUCCCAAAGUGCAGCGUUCUUGCAGGUUAAUGCACCGUUAAUGCACCGUUAACCGAGACAUUUCACUCGUUUCAAGAGUAAGAACUAGGCGAAAUUAUAGCUAAAAACAUGGCAAGAACAGCAAGAACACAACUCGAAGGGCGACCUCUGCUAUUUAGAGAAUAUUUGCGGAGCUGAACAACCCUAAAUGUGCACUAUCGAAGGUGAACUUAGCAUCGAUGGAGGUAAGCAUGUUUUAGCUUUGUUUUUAAACUAGGAAUUAUUUUGAAUGAAUAAUAAAACAAUUAUUGAAUUCGGCUUUCGUAUUAUAUGAAGAAUUAUGGAGAUCUGGAGGGUGUUAUCCACCUCGGCCUAUGACCUCGACGGAUAACGCCCUCCUCGACCUCCGUAAUUCUUCAUAAGAUACUCGGCCUCAUUCAUUAAUUGUUAAUUAAGGACGCCUGAGGCGUCUAUUUAACAGGGGCGUUUAAUAGAUACGAGGCUUUUAUCCUCAUAACUGUAAUAGCAAACUCCAGAAACCUAAUAAGCUUUCGGAAAAUAUAUCACCACUGUUAUGUCUUAGCGUCUCAACCAGGCGAGCCCAUGGUAAACAAGCAUGUUUUAAUGAGUCCUGGAUGUGUGAUGUAAUACACUACAUAUCAACCACAGUAUAUAAAUAGCAGAUUAUAUAUCCAGUCCAUCCAUUGAUAAUUAAGUUAGGCCGUUUAGAGAUCCAUAUCGUUUUUUUAAAGCUCAAUAACUUUCAUGACAGAAUUCUUACUUUGAUUAACUUGGCAUUGCAAUUUGCAGGCUCUUGUUAAUCAAACUGAAUAAAUUGAAUGAUUUUGAAUGAAUGAAUGAAUUAAUGAAGAGCCGUGUAUGUUAGGACAACAGACGUACCCUCUUACAAUACGUUUUAACAUGUGAACAGUAAGCUCGGACGUCAGCAUACAAAGACGCCACUCUGGCAGCCGCUCAGUCUAACCAUUUGCAGAUGUCAUUACAAAAGCAGCUAUUUCUUCUCAGUUAUUUAAAGACCCUGAGUGUUGGUCCGGCCGGGGUUCGAACCCGUGACCUCCCGCUCAGCAGACUGGCGCUCUCCCAACUGAGCCAAUGUUAUUUUGGUCCAUUUCAUUAUUUCCUAGUAUUUUGCCAGGAACAACUGUCAUACGGGGCGUGUAUUAGACAGGGGUCAUCUAAUAGAAACUUAAAAGUGUGGCAAGGAGGGGGGGGGGGCGUUUAUUAGACAAGAGGCUUUUAUUUGAGUGGGGCGUCUAUGCGUCUAUCAGAUCAUUUAUAGUAUAUAACAUUAUCCUAGCUGCGCAUUGUACGUUCUGUGCGUUCCGCUUUAUAUGACAAGCAUUUAUCAUGGAGGGGGACGUAAGCGGAGUACGAACACCGCAAAACCGCACAGAAAUACGUAUAAACAUAGCGCAGAAUAACAUAAGAAAACCGCAAACCGCAUUGAAAUUACCUAAAAAAUUUCUAAAUACCGCAAACUACUUGGUUUUGUAAAACCGCAAUACCGCAACUUGAAAAAAAAUUCCGAAAAACCGCAUCAAUGCAAACCCUUACAUUAUGACAUAAUUGCAGUAUAGAUUUUAUUUCUUUCACUGAUCUUUUUUACGCUUAGCCUGUGAAGCACCUCUUGGCAUGGAAAGCGAAGCAAUUGCCGAUUCUCAAAUAAGCGCAUCUUCACAACUGGAUGACCGACAUUUUGCCGCACAAGCCAGGCUGCAUUUGAAAACAGAUGGGAGCACAUCUGGAGGCUGGUCUGCUCUCACAAAUGAUGUCAAUCAAUGGCUUCAGGUGGAUUUCGGUAGCUCUACUACAGUUACACGGAUAGCGACCCAAGGGGAGUAUGGAUACAACAACUGGGUGACUGAAUAUAAGUUACAGUACACUGAUGAUGGUAUUAACUUCCAUUUUUUCAAAGAAGUUGGAAACGCAUCGACAAAGGUAUUAUUAGUUUAAACUUUAACACCUGAUGGUCCGCCUAUCCCCGCGGGCUUUCCCAGAAAAUACUGACUAUUAAUUUAUUUGUUUAUUUUUUAUAUUUAUUUAUUUAUCUAUAUUCAUCUGAUUAUUUAUUUAAGAUUCGUAGUGUAAUGUAUUGAAGCAAGGGCCAUAAUGGUCCCUAAGAUGACUUGAAUAUUGUUUUAUUGUAUUUUUCAGUUGUUUGCCGGAAAUAGAGACAGUGAAACGGUUGUCCACAACAAACUUCGCCCACCGAUCAAAACCCGGUUUAUUCGACUUUUGCCAACUCGGUGGAACAAACAAAUAUCAAUGAGGAUUGAAAUUUAUGGAUGCCCAGGUAUUAGGUUGAAUUAACUAUCAGAAACGUGCUGACGCGCUGGUACAUUAAAUAACAAGUUAGUGUUAUUGAACUAUCUUUCAAUUGAGUACAUGCACGAAAGUGCCCAUUUGAUAUUAAGACGACUUUAACGUCUAGUAUGAAAAACGGUAAAAAAUGAUUAUGAUGUGAAUCACUUUGACUGCUUUCAAUGGAUAAGUAGCAUAGCUUCAGCUCAGUUCCUAAUAGAGGGUAGACGUUUUUACGUUAGCAUUUGGAGGGGCGUAAUGGGGUGGAAGCUUUGACGGUUGACGGUUAAAUUUUAGAGCUUUUGACGGUUGACGGUUAUCUAGUAGUGGAAAUUUAGUCCAAGAGUCCAUGAAUUAAUACUAAUUUCUUUUGGAGGAGGUAAUGUCUUGGCCUUCACAUAUGAAAUUUCGAAAUAUAUUCAGAUAUAAGCAAGUUGUAAGGUCUUGUAAUGUCUAGAGAGAGUGUUUUUGAGAACAUGGGAACUGGUUUUUCCAGUUUAGAGAUUAUUCAGGAGGCGCCAGUCAAGUCCGUGAAAUUAGCUGAAACAGUGAGAUUUGAGAUACCUUGAAACUUCUCGACGGUUGAUAUCUAUCUGCAUUUUUGACGGUUGACGGUAAAAAAUUUCAGGCCGUUUGACGGCUGACGGUUAACCCCAUUGAGACCCUCAUUUGGGAAUUAGAAAUAAUUAAGCUAUGCUCUAGUUUUGUACUGAUCGUUAGCGUAUGCUUUUGUUCCAAUUUCUGGAAUAAUUUAGAUUGCGUAACACCUGUUGGCAUGGAAAGUGGAGCAAUCUCAGACGUUCAGAUAAGUGCCUCCUCAAAUAAGGAUGAUAGUUUUACGGCAAGUCGGGCCAGGCUGCACGUCAAGAAGAGCGGGACAGUCGGGAUUAGGCAAGGAGGCUGGUCGCCUUUUAAAGAUGAUUUUAACCAAUGGCUGCAGGUGGAUCUUGGCAGGUUAACCACAGUAACACGUUUGGCAACACAAGGAAGGGAUGGAUCAGAUGAGUGGGUCACCAAGUACACGUUGCAGUACAGCUUUGAUGGAGUAACAUAUCACGAUUACAGAGAAAGAGGAGAAACCUCUUUAAAGGUACGCUGAGCUUUUUUAAAAGGAUAACAGAGAUAUGAUGACAACAGAUUACGAUCGUAAAUAAUUAGCCGAAUGAAUCUUUCAUAGUAUGUAAGCUCUCCAUUCCGACUGGCGAGCGAAGUGAGCCGCGCCAGAACACACAAGCGAGGAGCGAAGCCAUCCCACUUUGCUCACUCUCGUGUUUCCUCUGGCGCGCUCGGUCAUUAUUUUAAUUUUAAGAUGGUCCCAGAACUCUGUCGUUAUCCUAUAAACCUGUACAUAAAACUAUACCUCAAAAAGUCAUUUUGAAGUGUUGUUUUUUGCCAUUGUUGUUGUUGUUGUUUCGUUGUUUUCUUUUGGUUUCUGUUUUUUUUUUAGUCCUCGUCCGGUCUAUGAAAGUAACUUUCAUAAAUAUUUAACCUGUCUGACUUUUCUUUCUCUUUCAGGUUUUUAAUGGAAACCAAAACAGUUACAGUGUGGUGUAUAACAAAGUAAACUCACCAGUCACAGUUCGCUUCGUUCGGUUAUUGCCGAUUGAGUGGCGCAAACACAUAUGUAUCAGAAUGGAGAUCUAUGGUUGUCCAGGUAACCUAAAUAGUAUCUCGCUGUUGUCAAUUGUAUGCUACGCAUAGUUUGAUUUGACUAUAACUCAUGGACCCCAUGGUACUUGGUGCGCGUGAAUGGCGCUUCGCGCCUGCUUCGUUCCCCCGAAAGAGCGCGAACAAAUAGCGCCUGUUUUGAAGGCUAGAUCGGGUCGGGUACAUGCGUCGUACAUGACCCGAACAAAGAAGACACGUCGUUGUUUGUGUUAUGAAGUACCAAUUGGCAAACUACUCCUCCGGUAGUUUUACAUGGAGUAGUAAAUCGAUACAGCUGAAUUUCGUGGGAAUUUUGAAAAGAGGUGAAAAGAAAAACGGCGCAGCGGAGAGAUUCACAGCGGAACAAGUCGCUCCCAGCGAUUUUGAUGAAAACGAAUAUGAAACGCCCAGCGAUUUUGAUGAAAACGAUUAUGAAACGAAAGUGAAAGCAGCGAAGAAGAGUUUGUUGGAGACCUUCAAGGGUCUUCAAGAUGUGCUGAAUGUAGAUGGCCACACGUGGUACGCUACCGCUGCAAGCGUCAUGCCCUCUUCAUGAACCAUGAUGAGGUGAAAUCCGGACGUUUUCUACGGCCGAAGCCCUAGAAGGGUUUAAUUGCAGGUCUACAGCUGUAGGUGCAGAUAUGUACAGACCUCAUACAAAUUGAAAAAGUAAUGACAAAAAUGAAUGAUAACAAUUUAUCAGUAAUCGCAAGCAUAUUAUUAAUCAACAUAGUUUAUUAAGGUUUUUGAAGGGAACAUCACCAGAUUUAUGACUAACUUUUUGUUCUCAAAGAAUCAUUCUUUUCAAGUUGUGUCCAUGGUUCAGUCUAUUUCUUUCCUCCCCUGGAAGGUGCAGAUGUUUCUGCCAUGAUUAAUUGAUUAAUUAAUUUUGGCAUUUAAUACCCUCACCCCUUCUCCCCUUCCCCCUCCCCACCCCCUCAAAGGACCAAUGAAAUGUUAAAGGACCAAUGGAAUCUUAAGGGGUAAGUUAUGAAAAUGGAGGAUUUCUUUAGGGCCUGAAGCAAAAGUAUGGACUUUGGGGGUGAAGCUUUUAUAAUUUUCAACAAAAUCUUCAGGGGUGAACAAGGAAAAAUCAUCCUUUCACGAAAUUAUUCAGGGGUAAACCCAUAUUCUUUGGGAGUAGGUCGAUAUUUUUAAUUCUUCGGAGGAUGCAAUUUUAUGGAAUUCUUCAAGGGUUACUAUGAGGGGCUACGGAUGUUACAUGUAAGUGCAGUAGCUCAAUGCUGCAUUGUUCCUUCAGGUUGCAGUGCAUAAAAAACGGAGGUACUGCCGAUGCUCAAACUGUGACCAUGUUCCAAAAAGGGCUAAAUUAGACAGAAGAUAGAUAAUAGACAAAAAGGGCAGUCUGGAACUCUUGCUCAGCAAGAAUUACUUGGAUCAGAGGCUUCAAGUCAAUUGUGGAUACCACAAUGACCAGGGAGGCUUACCCCAGAGAUACACUCCAAAAAAUUAAUUUCAAUUUCGACUUAUUCCCCUUACUAUUGAUUGAAUCAAGGUUGUAUGUCCCCUCUUGGUCUGGAAAAUGGAGCAAUUUCUGAUGCCCAGAUAAGUGCCUCUUCGCAGUGGGAUAACAAGCUUGGUUCACACAGAGCUCGAUUGAAUGGGAACCCUACUGGAAAAGGCAUGGGAGCCUGGUGUGCUUUAAACAAUGACAAAAAUCAGUGGCUUCAGGUUGAUCUUGGAAGAUAUACCACAGUCACUCGCAUAGCGACUCAGGGGAGAAGUGAUUCUAGCCAAUGGGUUACCAAAUACUUGUUGCAGUACAGUGACGAUGGAGUCAACUUCCUUUGGUACAAAGAUUUAAAAGACGGUUCAAUAAAGGUACAACAUACACAUAAAUAAAAUAAUUAUCUGAUUUUAGUGGUUGUACACUUGUUUUAUUAUUUCAAAGUGGCUCUCUGAGAAAGAGCAAGAACCAUCAACUUACAUGUACAUGUAUAUAAAUUUUUUGCAUAGUUGUUUGGUGGAAAUUCUGACAGAAACACCAUUGUUUACCAAACAUUGAGCCAGCCAAUCAGAGCUCGAUAUGUCAGGAUAGUUCCGGAGGCUUGGUAUGGACACAUAUCAAUGAGAAUGGAACUCUAUGGCUGCCCAGGUAUUUUGAAAUAAACAGUUAAAUUCCUCCUCUUAAGGACUUGUUGACUCACAUUCCUUGGUAGACAAAGUCGUAUACCAGCCAGUGAGGGCAAAUUCUAUGUAAAUGGCUUUACAAUUACCAUAAUUCUUUGGUUGGUCUUUGAACUGAUGUGCUUUUUUUUUUUGCUAAUGACUUGUUUUGUAUUUAGCUUGUGAGGCUCCUCUUGGAAUGGAAAGCAAGGCAAUUUCGGAUUCUCAAAUAACUGCAUCAUCACAAUUGGAUGAAAACCUUUCUCCAGCACAUAGCCGAUUGCACGACAAAUCAAACCAAACCAAAGGUGGAGCCUGGGCGGCCCUAAGAAAUGAUCAGCACCAAUGGCUUCAGGUGGAUUUCCUUAGCUAUAUUACAGUGACACAUGUUGCGACUCAAGGAAGACAUGCCCACAGUGAAUGGGUAGUUAACUACAAAUUAAACUACAGUGAUGAUGGAUUGACAUUCCAAGAGUACAAAGAGCCAGGAAGCAAUCUUGCCAAGGUGAUAAUCUGUCAAGAAACGUUUUAUAAAUAACAUGUUAUAAAUUAUGGCAUUCCUUUGUACAUUUGUGUAAAUGUGAUCAUUACUAUAUUGUGUUUGCAAAUAAGAGGUAAUUUUUCUGACAUUUUUGAGACCCUUAGCUUAUAUAAUCUACUUUAUAUCUUCAAUUAGCAAAAAUUGUACCCUUUUUUGCAAUGUGUUUGAAGGCAACUUUUUAAACCACGCUUGGUCAUUCCAAUGAAUUAGAAUUUCUAGUAAGAGACCAGUCAGCCUUAGAAAACAUCAUUUUUGACAAUUGUGCAUCAUUCAGGGUGCAAAAGUCUUUCUUUCUUUUUGCAUUUUGUAAUGCUUGUUGUUAAUUUGUUAAGUUUCUUGUUGAAAUCCUGAAUGAGAUAAUGGCAUUGAAAUAAUUUAACUUACAGCAACCCUCAAUAAAUGUCAAUAUUUUAUCAGCUGACAUUAAACCACCCCCCUCAACAAAUAUGGAGAAAUUAGAAACAAGAUUACUCCUAGCACCAUCUGUUAGUUAUUGUUUACAUAAUAAUUUCAUGUAUUAUAAUUAUUAUAACAGUGUAUUAAAUUGGAGAAACUGUUCUUAAUUUUCUAUAUAAAAAAUGGGUGUUUGUAGCAUGUAUUUACGUUGAGCGCUCCUUCACAUGCAGUAACAGCUUGUUUCUUACUUUCAUUGUGUAGGUUUUGGAUGGGAACAGAGACAACGACACUGUAGUGAGCAAUAGACUGAAUCGAUCAAUCACAGCCCGCUUUUUACGCAUCUUACCGACCAAGUGGAAUGACAGGAUUUCCCUGAGAAUGGAGAUCUAUGGCUGUCCUGGUACAUGAUUAGUAUACAUCGUGAUUGUAACUUGAGAAAUUACUGUGAACUGGUUUAACCUUAAAUUUAUUGUGUCCUUAAUACCCGUUGGCAAGACCGAGUUACCAACACCUAACUGUACGGUGACCUUUCUAAUUUGUCAGACAGGACCAGAUUAGGGAGGCUUGGUCUUGCUGGCCAUUGCCACGGUCACUGUGAAUUGCCAGCAAGGCAGCUUGUCCCAUGGUGGCCAACAUGGACACUUACGGCAUGGUCACCCAUGAGUGUCUACAUUCAUAGUCACUCGAUGAGGGAUGCUGGAGCGGCAUCCACCAGCGAAUUGUCAGCCUGCAUGGAAAACUUAGCUGCCUGAAUGAAUGAAUGAAUGAUUAUCGCCUGAAAAGGCUUUUUGCCCAACACUAUAAAAAUUAAUUCUAUGAAACUAUGAUUUACAUUGCAAAGAAAGAGAAACACACACAAAAAAAGCUUGGCUUUUGUAUGUAAUAUUUACUUGCUUAUUAUGACUUGGCACCUGCAAGUCACUUAUAUUGACAAUUUUUUGGUCAUACACUGUAGCACAUGAAGGUAAUAAGAAAGAAUUAAUCUUAUUUGUUUCCUCAGUAAGUUAGUGAUUCUCUUCUUUUUAUGCUCUAAUUAAGCUUGCAUUGCCCCACUUGGGAUGGAAAACAAUGCCAUUUCAGACGGCCAGAUAAGUGCCUCUUCACAAAUAGAUGAUGAUCAUGGCGCAAACCGAGCCAGAUUGCAUUUUAAGAUAACUAGCAUCAACCAUGCGGGCUGGACCGCUCUGAAAAAUGAUCUUAACCAAUGGCUUCAGGUGGAUCUUGGUGCCUACACCAUAGUAACAAGAGUAGCAACUCAGGGAGGAAAAUCCGUCAGCCAGUGGGUGACCAAGUACACGUUACAGUACAGUGAUGAUAGAUUCAUCUUCCAACCAUACCAAGAAGCAACUGGCAACUCAGCAAUGGUAUGUUUUAACUUAAUUGUAGAGUGAAAGGUGAUGACAUUAAUUAUUUUAUUCAAAAUAGAUUUUUAUUUUUAUUAUUUUACUUUUGCUAAUUGGCUUUAAUCUCCUGGCUUAUUGGUCAUGAACCAGCUGGUGCUGACCAUUAAUUUGGAAGAAUGUGGCAAUAUACAUUUGAUACAAUGUAGAAUCAAUACAAUGGUAUAUAUUGCCGCCAACAUACAAUCCAAAACUUUUUUUCCAGGCAAUGGCAUCCCUAACUGUUUUGGCAUGAGAGCAGAACUCAAGAAAAUGGUGAAAGAGUUCAUUGUUCAUCCAGAGACAAAAAAUAGGCAAAUAACUGACUUUAAACUGAAUGAAUCAAAAUGCAAGAAUAGGUAGAAAAAUUAUUGCAGAAUAGAUAUCAUCUGCUUUUGAAGAGCUUCUCCAAGGAAAUAAUAAUAAAUUAUGCUUAAACCUACCAAACAUGACCAGUGGUAUUGAACAUGAAAUGUGUAGUUCCAGAAAAUAUCCAUACUCCCCCCACAGAAGGGAUUGGAAAUUCCUGGGGGGUGGGGGGUUCUCAAAGGCCCAAAAAUUUAAGUGAAUGUAUGAAGCUUUCAAGACUGGAAUUUCCAGAGAGGUGGGGGAGUCUAAGGAAAAAUCCCUUCCGUGGGGAAGGUAUGGAUAAUUUUUGGAACCACACAAUGUUAUUAGAAUGAGAUGUAAAUGUAAUACAGUAAAGGUCUCCAUUUGGCAGUUUAGUAGAAUUCGUCAUACAUGAAGCUGUUUAUAUUAUUUUGAAUCCACUUAUAUAUAAUGAAUAUUAGUAAAAAUAAGCAUUAUUCUUAUUUUUGCUUUCUAAUUUCUUAGAUUUUUUAUGGAAACAGAGACAGUGACACUGUUGUGUACAACACUUUGAAACCACCAAUAACAGCGCACUUUAUUCGAAUCUUACCAUUGGAGUGGCACAAUCGUAUAUCAUUGAGGAUUGAAAUUCAUGGCUGUCCAGGUAUUCCAAAAUAUUUUCAAACAGUCAUAACAGUCAUUAGGAAUUUACAUAUAAAGUCUCUUGUAAAUCUGCCUGGCCUGCAUCAACAUUCAGCUGCUGCAUUUUUCUCUUUUUAACACUAGUCUUUAUUGGGGCAAAAGUUUAAGCUUUGUAUGGUUAAAAUCAUGAGACAUUUUUGGACAAACAGACAAGUCAUUAAAAGAAACAAUGUCGCAGCUCCUUUAGCUAUGCUUUAAAUUAACUAGUAAAAACAUGACAACCAGACAAAUGGUGUAAAGGGGGGAACAUUGCUCGACAAUCGCUGUUUCCCCAGGACUAUUUUACCUAUCCACACCAUAUCACCGUGGACAAAUUCAGGGAGGUCCAAAAGACACAAACUUAAAUAUGGCCACUUAUUAACACUCCACAGCACUUUGAGUUGAAACCUCCAGCCAGCAUUGUGCAAUUCUAAAAACAUGUCAUGGUUGGUAUGAUGUUGCCUAACAAAUAUAUUGUUGCUCAUUUAGGAGGUCAUGGUCCAUCAACUCUAAUUGAUAUGUGAAACUUUCAAAAAUGAUGAUGAUGAUGAUGAUGAUGAUGAUGAUGGAUGAUAAUGAAAGAAAAAAUUACCAAUAAUGGCAUGCAAAGUUCCAAACAGGAUCCUAGAACCAUGCAAGGAACUGCCCUGAAAUGAAAUAGCUGAUGAUUGCCACUAUUAUUAGACAUGUUGGCAUUUUGUAUUCAGGUUGUGUAAAAUCACUUGGAAUGGAAAAUCAAGCGAUCUCUAAUGCCCAAGUAACAGCCUCAUCACAAAUGGACAACACCCAUUCUGCAAGAGAGGCCCGCUUGCAUUCCAAGGCGGAUGGAUACCAAAGAGGUGGCUGGGUAGCUCUCAAGAAUGAUCUCAACCAAUGGCUUCAGGUGGAUCUUGGUACUUUCACUAGAGUAACACGUGUGGCAACUCAAGGAAGAGAUGGGUAUGAUCAGUGGGUGACCAAGUACAGGUUACAGUACAGUGAUAAUGAAGACACCUUUCACUCUUUCAAAGAGAUCGGCAGUAACUUUGCGAAGGUAUGGCUGUUAAAAUUUGGCAAGAACUACACAAUACAGUACAUAUAUUCCAGUCACUAACACAAAUUUCUCAAACUGAUUGAAGCGUCAACAGCUUGCAAAGCCUAUGGUCUUAUACACUUAAUGUCAGAUCCCGAGGGAAACAGUCACGCAAUGAUUUAUGUUAGUUUGCCAAGGAGGGCACUGUGAGCAGGGUCCAAUUUGACACAAAAUAGUCAAGUAUUGAUCACAAUACUUGGUAAAUUACUUGCCGGAAUAUUACUUGCUGUAAAACUACUAGUCAUGAGCUUAUUCGGAAAAGUACUUAGCCUCAACGUCAUUUAAGGUUAGGGUAUAAGACAAGCUGUGUUCCCUGAAGUCUUCCUCUUGGUCUCCAGACGUAAUAAGCUUUGCGAAUUUGACCCUCCUCCUCCCUUUCUCAGCCGCUUUCUUAAUAGUAGUUUAUUUACUCUGGGUGCCUUUUUUCUACACCUUCACCUUUGCCGGAGCGUAAAAAAUCAAAUAUUCAUAGCUAAUUAAAAUUGUUUGAAGAUGUUAUAUCUAAUCAAUAAAUCGGCCAUCUUGCAUGGCCAAAAUUAUACCCAAACAAAUCGUUGUCCCUUAUUUCUUUAAGCGCUCUUGCAAACAUAGCUCGACUGAUGACCCUAGAAUUUAGCCAAAGGUUCUCUUUAUAAUAAGGGUACAAAAGACAAUUGGGCAAGGAGGCAUAAACAAAAAAGAAAGAGGACAGCAUCCAUCUGUCCUAACCAAACAAGAACGGUCAAUAAUUUAACCCUUUAAGUCCCAAUAGUGACCAACAUCAAUUAUCUCCUAACAAUAUCCAUACAUAGUCAAGAGAUGAGUUAUGAGAAUUGAUAAAAUGAUCACCCAGGUAAAAAUGCCUUGAUCUAUUAUCAAAUUCUCUCAACAAAUUCUUUAAGGAAAUGUAUCAAGAUCAGUCAGGAGAAUUUGUAUGUGGAUACUGGGGCUUAAAGGGUUAAAGGAUUUAUUAUAUGGCCAAAAAGAUAACCUGGUGUUGCAGUACCAACACCAGAAAUGCCAAGCAAUGAGAUGGGCCUUGCUUGCCACUCACGGAUUCAGCCAUAUAAUUAGUAGAACUUGAUGUGCUGAAUUAUAGCUUUUUGAAAUUUUCUUACAUUUAGGUUUUCACAGGAAAUCGGGAUCAUGAGACAGUUGUGUACAAUCAGUUAAGUCCACCAGUCACAACUCGCUUCAUUCGACUGAUUCCAGUAAUGUGGCAUAGUUACAUAUCAAUGAGAAUAGAGAUCUACGGCUGCCAAGGUAAUGAGGAACAAUUAUAUAUUCAUAGUUACAUUUAGAGUACAGCUAGCUGAAUAACUUGUGUUAUUUUAUUGUACAUGUAUGAUGCAAUUUUAUGAUGUGCAAUGGUCAAAGGUUAAUGGCACUACAGUGGAACCUCUCAUGAGCAGACACACGAGAUGCAAAAAAGGCAUCUGUUCCUGGAGCUGGCCACUUAGAGGAAUAUAAAAAUGCAGAGUUUAUGUUAGUCUCCUUCGCAGCCAUUAUUAGGGUCGUCACACAAUGCUCCUCCCCACUAAAGCGUCACGUGACGACCCUAAUAAUGGCUGCAAAGGAGACUAAGUUUAUGUGGGAGUUGACGAAAACAAGGUUUUGUGAAGGAGGCCUUAAAUAGAGCUGUCUGCUGUACUUUGAAAAUGUGAUUAGGCUUAUGCUUUUUCUCUGCUUUUAACAAUUCAGGUUGUAUAGAGGCACUGGGUAUGAUGCGCGGAACAAUCACUGAUACCCAGAUAACUGCAUCAUCAGAACUGGAUAACACCCAUUCUGCUGCACAGGCCAGGCUGAAUUCCAAAGCAAAUGGAAGCAAAUAUCAAGCCUGGUCGGCACAUGAAAAUGAUCAUCAUCAGUGGCUUCAAAUUGAUUUUGGAAGCUCCACCAAAAUAACACGCCUGGCCACUCAGGGACGAAAUGGCUUUAAUGAGUGGGUGACCAAGUACAAUUUAAGUUACAGCGACGAUGGUGUACAUUUUCAUUCCUACAAGAUGAUGGGAGAAUCAAGGGCAAAGGUAUAUCAACAAACUGAGUUACAAUUUGGCAUAGUCUUAGAUGCUGCUGUCGUCAGAAGACAAUUAUCUUAUUAUGCAUUUCAACAAUCUUAAUCGUUUAUCAAUCAAAUGCAGAGAAGAUCAUCAGAGUUAAGUAUACAACUUAUGUAGUUGCGAAAAGAAAGCCUGAAAAAUUCCUCCUUACCGAGAUUCAAACCCUGAACUCUGCAAUACCUGUGUAGUGCUCUAACCAAUUAAGCUAACAAGCCAGCUGGGAGCUGGUCAAUAAAUUCACUGUAGGCCACUUUCGAGUUCCAAAAACCCUCACUUUCAAAAUGAGGCCAAGUGCACAACGUUUCUUGUAAAAAUGAGUUUUUAUUUGUAUGAGAAUGAAAAAUCAUUUCCUAAUCAAAGGCUGAGCACUUAACCUUGUUUUGAUACAGAGGCCCGGGGUAACUCAGAAAUGGCCUAUUGGUAACAUACCCAAGAAGGAUGAAGGUGAAAUGAGGAAUAUUCAUGUAUGAAUCUCGGCUUCUUUUCGCGACUGCACAAGCUGUGUAUUUAAGUGUAAUGAUCUUGUCUUCAUUUAUUUCAUAGUGGGUCAUAUUCAUCAUGUUUAGCGCGUUUGUCAGAAAGCAUCCUAAUCUUGGUGGUCCUGUGAUACAAAGUCACAAAUUUUCGAGGUAUCGGGGACGACUGCCGAUCAACCGUCCCCACUGAUUUUAUCAGGGUCAUCUCGGCCGGGAAACUGGACUCCUUCCAACUCGAUUUCAUUUCCGCAAGUGACAAACGUGGAUCUGUAAUUAAUGAUUAUCUCUAGUCAGUAGUUGUAAAAUUCAAAACCCCAGCAGAUUAUCUUUGCAUAAUUGUUUAUAGGUGUUUGAAGGAAACCAAGACAGUGACACUGCUGUAUACCACGCUCUGACUCCACCAAUCACAGCUCGGUUAGUUCGGUUGUUGCCUGUCGAGUGGCAUAAUCACAUAUCUUUGAGAACAGAGUUCUACGGUUGUCCAGGUAAGUGGUUCAGACCUCCCGGGGGAAGGUACUCGUGGGAAUUCUUGAAGGCGGUGUCCCGUCCGGUUCUCCAAAUCCUAACCCUCUUUCAGACCAGAAGCCCAUAACUUGGAGCAAGCAACUGCCAUACUCGGCCUAUGUCACGGCAAUUUUACGGAACAGUUUAUUUUUGGAUACAUUUAAGGGCACUUUUUCCCGCGAAAAUAGAAUCUCUAUCAUGUCUAUGUGCGCAAUCGAAGUACAAGAUAUCAAAAAGGAAAACUAAAUGUUAUUAAAAGGAACAAAAAUAUCAUUUUUAGGUCUGUAGGUUUUGCUGACUGGUUUGUGGAAUUCAAAAGAUAUUCAAAAUUCGCGCCAAAACCGUUCUAAAAAUAAACUGUUUCGUGAAAACGAGUGCAUGGAAGUUGCUCGCUCCGAGCUAUGGGCUCCUGUUCAGAGCAAAAACUAUCAUUCUCCACAGCCGAUUUUAGACCUGGCCCCAGUUGUUCAAAAGGUGGAUAACGCUAUCCAGUGGAUAAAUCUCUAUCCAGUGGAUAGUGCAAUUGGUCUCCCUAAUACUUAUCUGCUGGAUAGUGAUAUAUCCGGUGGAUAGGGCUAUCCAACUUUUGAACAACUGGGGCCAGGCCUCUAAUCUCCAUACCUAUUUUCAGACCUGGAAGAGGUCCCAAAAAGCAACAUACACGCCUACAUAGGCAGAAAUUAUGUCAUCAUUAUCUACGUAGAAUAAAACGCCUACAGAAAGACCCCAUCUUUCGUAAUCAUUCGGAGUUAAAACGAGAAAUACGUUCCUACACUCUUGUAGUUCCCCCGAAAACCAUACCCACCCCCAGAACUCAUACACUUAGAAUCUACCUCUCGGUGUUACAAAAACCAUUUUGGUAACAAAAUUUUGACUAAAAAUCUUGUAUCUAGAAAGUCCGUUUCAUUAUUUUGUUGAACUAUUUGACUGUUGAACUGUUUAUUAAUUAUUACAAAUUCCAGUUUACAAGCACGCAAUAUGAUGAUGAUGAUGACGAUAUUGAUGAUGAUGGCAAGAAUGCAAGUUAUUUAGUUGGCAUAAAAACAGAUUGCGUGGUAGUUACACCAUUGUUCAACAGACUGCCAGUACUUACUGCAUAUUCUGUUUAGUCUGAGUUUCUCUCACAGCUGUUGAAGCAUUGCCUGUUGAUCCUACUAUUUAGUAACUUUUGAUGUGUUUUUAAAUACAGGUUGCAUUGCUCCCCUCGGCAUGGACAGUGGAGCAAUAACUGAUGCCCAAAUAAGUGCCUCCUCACAGUGGAGUAACAAUUAUGCUGCAUCACGGGCCAGGUUGCACACGCGAAGAAUUGGUUACCAAGGAGGAUCCUGGAUAGCUCGUAAAAAGGAUCUCAACCAAUGGCUUCAAAUAGAUCUUGGUGGCUACACUACAUUAACUCGUGUUGCGACACAAGGUAGAAGUGACGCCGAUCAGUGGGUAACUAAAUACAAAUUGCAGUACAGUGAUGAUGGGGUGAUAUUCCAGUUCUACAAAGAGCCACAGAAGACCGCAGCAAAGGUAUACAGAAUGUCAGAGAUGUCGGCGUUAUAGUUGUUUCCUUUCAUGAAAGAAGAUUGAAGUACAUGUACUGGUUUGACCCUUUAAUCCCUAAGAGUGAUCAGCAUCAAAUUUCUCCUUGUAAUGUCAAUGCUUUGUAAAACAGAGUGGUCAUGAGAAUUAAGAACAUGAUCACACAAGAUGAAUUUGCUUGAUAUUUUAUCAAUUUCUCCCCACUACUUCAGUAGGAAAUGAAUAGAGGAAACAAAGGAGAACUCAAACUUUUAUCUGAGGGUUAAUAAUCCCGGAGGGCAAGUCCCAUUUCGGUUCUUUUUAAGUGGAGGUAUCCUCUGGAAAAUCUGGGCCAUUUACAGAGAUAAUGAAAUGUCCAUACAUGUAGAUCGUGAAUUUACAGACUUUUUAUACGACUGCGAAUCUUCCCUCCUUUAACAUAAUUUGUCUACUACAAAAUGUUUGAAGAAUCGGUUUUCCAGACAUUUUAUACAGUUUUAACGUGAGUUUUUUAUAACAGCUAAAAUUUCCGAAAGUUUGGGGAUAGAAAAAUUCGCUUCGAGUUUUACGCUUUGUAACUUUUCCCCACCAUUUCCUUCCAAACAACCGUGUCUUGUGCGAUUGAAGUACAGUGGGCAGCCAGUUUGGUUAAAACCAAUGCCGCGAAACAUCCUUUUAAAACUGAUAUCCUAUAACUAUGCUACAUUGUAUCAGAUGGUAUCCCUUCUCUAAAAUGAGCAAAGAAAGCUUCUUAUUACGGUUUGCCUUAUUCACAGCUAGUUUACAGCCCUUUAACCCUUUAAGUCCCGAUAGUGACCAACAGCAAUUUUCUCCUAACAAUAUCCAUACAUUGUCAAGAGAUUAGGUUAUGAGAAUUAAUAAAAUGAUUACCUAGGAGAAAAUGCUUUGAUCUUUUAUCAAAUUCUCUCCACUCAUUCUUCAAGGAAUUAUAUCGAGAUCAGUUUGGAGAAUUUGUAUGUGGAUAUUGGAACUUAAAGGGUUAAGCCCCAAUAUCCACAUACAAAUUCUCCAGACUGAUUUCCGUACAUUUUCUUCUAUAAUAGUGACUUUUAGAUUCAAGGACGAGAACGACUACGAGUACGAGAUUUUAUUUAAAGUUUUUUCGCGUAUUAUCAAAAAAUAGACUCCCCAGAAUUCUUCAUUGUACUUUUUUUCACCAGAAAAGUUUACACUGUUAUCGUUAUUGAAGGAGGUUGAGCCUUCUCCAGAUUGCAAAAUACUAAAACUUCUAACAUUUGAUAACUUGUUCCCGCCACUACGACACUCUCGCUAAAACUCGUAGUAGAAUAAUGACGGCUACCACUUUUUCCCGCCAAAAUGACGCUGGUUCACGCGCGAGCACUACUUAGUAUUGAGAAAAUCUCGUAAUCGUAGUCGUUCUCGUCUUAGAAUCUAAAGGUCUCUAAUUAGCUGGGAGAAUUUGAUCAAAGAUCAAAGCAUUUUCCCUUUAGUGAUCAGUUUAUUAGUUCUUGUUACCUUUUCUCUUGAUUUUUUUUCUUACGAUAUUGUUGGGAGAAAAUUGAUGUUGGGCACUCUUGGAUGUAAAGAGUUAAAUUUGAACUCUUUCUUUCCUUGGAUCAUAACUCAGGUAUUUCGAGGAAACCAAGACCGUAACACCAUUGUUUACAACAUUUUGAACCCACCAAUCACAACGCGCUUCAUUCGAAUCAAACCGGUGGAGUGGAAAAGUUACAUAUCCAUGAGGAUGGAGAUCUACGGGUGUCCAGGUAUUUAAACUUAAAGAGAUCAUUGUUUAGAUCAUUAAGCCCCGUGCAAACGGACGCAACAUUGUUGGCCAACAACUCCCAACAUUGCUGGAUGUUACAUGUUGCGUCGACAGAGCGCAAAAACCGCCAGACAUGCGCACUAGAGCUCUCGCCACUGUUUCUUGUAUUCCCGCCUUUCGAUUUUCAAAAUGGCGGAGGACUAAUCAGAAUCUAACACGUCACUGCGGACGCUGCCAAGCCGCUGUCCUCACUCUGAGAAUUUUUCAACAUGGUCAAACGGAAUCUGUCAGCAUUCAGCCAUGUUUUGGCGACGCUAGCGAAAAGAUCGGACUUAAACAAAUUCUCUAAAGCAGCGAUGUUUGUGACCAGCUUCGGAGCCUAUUUUGAUGCUUGUUGUUUCGAAGAAGGGCAGGUUUUUUACGUUUCUUAAGGUAGUCGCUCACUCUUUAAGGUCAGGAAAGAGAAAUGUUGGAGGUAAAUAGUUAAAGCGAAACAUAUCAAAUAUGACUUUUUUUUCGUUUCUAUGAAAAUUUUUUAGAGCUCUUUAAAAGUGAACUAUUGUUUCAUGUCUUGAAUGUCAAGGAAGGCUCGUUCAAGGCGAAGUUGGAAGAACUACAAGUAUAUUUACGUCAUUUACCGCGUUGCUUCGCAAUUUUUGUUUCUACUGACUGUGAAAGGAAUUUGAUUUGCAACUGGUUUUCACGAAAAUGGAAAUCUAGAACUUUGUAAUCUCACAUAUAUACAUGCUGUAAAAGUGGUUAUCUGCAGAAUUUUUUUUAAGUAGUAAAGUUCGGGUGAUGUACAUUGUGUUUUUUGAGGCGCUAAAUAUAAAUACACCUUGGUGACACUGAGUCGUUGUGAUUGCUCACGUUGUUUUCUCAGCGAAAUCACGGCUACAGUGCAGCUGGAAAAGUCAUUCUUCUUCUAGUUUCAAACAGCAGCAAAGGCAUUUUCUUAUGGCAUGUUUUAUGUUUAAAAGGGGCCACGAGAACUAAGGAGCCGGUCAAGAAUUUAGGGAGUAUGGGGGGUGGGGGCUAGGGAAAAUUUUUCAAGGUUCUACAAAAUGCCAUGUAAAUCUGUAUUUCUGUUACAAAUAAAGUACAUCGAAAAAUUUAAAUUAUUAUGACAACUUAAAAUUGAGGGGCGGGGGGGGGGGGGGGGGGGAAGGUAAAAUUAUAUUACUAUGCAAUGAAAGGAAGCAGAGCGGGGGGAGGGAAUACUCCAAAAACAAUUUUUAAAAAAAGUUGAAAGAAAUCAAAGACGAAAAUAAAAAAGUCCACAAGAAACUUGAAGGUGGGUGCUUGUGGUUGAACAUUUAUUAUUAUGAUCCAGACUAUCUUUUAAAACACAUUUCAUCAUCCACCCUCCCCCCUUCCUCCAAAUAAAAGUUCACUUUCUUAACCUAAGUUUCAUGGAACACUAAGCCACUGAGGGACUUGUCAGAAAUUAGCAGGGGGGGAGGGGGUGGGAAUUUUAAAUUUGGGUUCGGAAAUGAGAUGACCCAUCCCUGGAAUGGGAGUGAAAUUGGCUAACCCUCCCAUUGACCUUGGCCUAAAAUAUCAUGACCCCCCCCCACCCUCUUGUAUAAAUGAUAAAAUCUACUAGGGUGAGUCAGUAUUAUGAAAGCUCAAAAUAUAUUUCUAAUCUGUUUUUGUAAUGCCAUAUACAUACAUUUUAGAUGACAGCAUUAAGCUGAGUCCGAAUCUGAUUCUGACAGCUGAUCACUCGACUCCUAUUUCUCCCAUUUUUUUUUACAAAAUAAAGAACUUCUUUUUUCUUCUGUGGGUGAACCUCUACAUGAUCACGGACACAUUUGCAUGACCCUCCCCCUUUUAACGGCCCAUUUUUCAUGAUCCCUCCCUCUUCUGCAGUCUCAAAAAGUUGUGACCCUCCCUCUGUUUCCAACCCCCCUCCCCCCUUCUAAUUUCUGACAAGUCCCUGAGGUGGAACAGGAAGUUAUUAAUCCAUAUAGUAACCUUUUCCAUUUCACUGGCCACAAUAACGAUCUGCUGUUUCUCAAACAAUGGAAUGGUGCAGUGAUCAGCCCUCUCAUAAUAUGUUGCAUGCUCAGUCAUUAUUUUUAACCCAUUUACUCCUUAGAAUUUUGCAGAAAAUUGUUUUUUGAAGCUAAUCAAGCUGUUUUCUGGCGACUGCCUGGCUACAAUAAGCCAAAAUGCUGUUUGUGAGUUGAGCACUUCACAGAGCCUUCUGUUCCAGAUGCAAAGUAUCAGCUUCCAACAUUUGAUCAUGCUCAGAUAGAAAAAUUUCAAGCUAGUUUUUAGGUUUAAGAGUGACACAGCAGUCUUGACGUUUCUUUUCCGCUUCUUCUCCUCCCAUUGACAGGAAAUGUUUUGGGAAAGCUUCUAGGAUCAUAGGAUUAGAUAGAAGGAUGUGUAAGUGAGUAGUGGAACAAGAUUUCAAGGGGAAUGGGUUUAUAGUUAAGCAGUAAAUGUUGUGAUGGGUUGGUUACAGUAAGUGACAUCCCAAACUUGUUGUGUUCCUAUUACUUGGGGAAAGCAACCAGUGAUAAAUUCAUUAAAAACUUUUUAAAAAAAUACACAAGUGUGGCUACUGAUUUCAGAGCCCAAAAUAAUAACUUCACUGGUAGAUAUUUUCACUUGUCAAAGUUUUAUUGUAUUGACCCCAUGACAAACAAUAACUAAACCAAUGAAUUAUUGCUCAUGGAGUUGCACUGUUCACCAUCUUUCAGAGUAGCGUACAAAAUGACCUGCACCCGCCCAUGGCCAUUAGUUGACAGUAAAAUUAUAACUUCAGAGAGAUUAUGUUCCAUGUGGUUACCUGCCUGAGGUUAUCGCUAUUAUCCCAACAAAGUCAUACAGCAUAAGAAGCUUUUCGUGGAGAACUCAAGUCAGCAAACAUGCUUUACAAGAAAGUGUAAAUGUAAAUCGUGUAUAAAAGCAAUGAGUUUGACUACCCUGUGUGCACUAGUGUAGGCAUUUACUGCAUGGUUGACCAAAAUAUUCUUGGACUGAAAGGACUGAAAGCCAAUGUCAUGUUAAUAAACUUGAAGCUUGUAUUUGUAACUCAGGUAAUGUAUGCUAAUAAAGCUGAAACAAAAGAAAAAAUAAAAAUUAUCUGAGAUAAAAAAUUAACUGCAAUAUAUACCGUAUUUAUUCGAUUAACCGCCCCAGGGGCUUACUAAAUUUUUGGACAUUGAGAGUGGGCGCUAAUUUGAGGUGGGCGCUUAUCCGAGGCUGGGCGCUUAUUAAAUUUUCAACAUUUUCAGCAAGUGUAGUAUGUUUAUUUUGCAACAAAACAAUAAAUAGCAACCAAACACAAAGAUGUAACAAAGCAAGGCUCCUGUAAAAUACUUUGAAGAAAACUCCAUCUUUGGGGAAGUCUCUUAUUAGUACUCAUUCAAUUUUUUGGGGGUGGGUUGGGGGUAGCGCUUAUUUGAGUUUGAGUGGGAGGGAGUUGGGGUGGGCGCUUAUUCGAGGUGGGCGCUAAUUCGAGAUUGGGCGCUUAUUUGAAUAAAUACGGUAUGUCAAAUAUAGCUUCAGGCAGAAGGUAUUGAAACUCUUUCCAGGAAAGAAAUUUUUGUUCAAAAUCUCAAAUUUUUCUUUGUAACACCAUUAAUAUUUAACUCAUUGUCUGGCAAACAGUUUUGUUCAUUGAAAUCCUCUACUGAGCCCCAGGGGCUUAUUCAUUUCAAACACACAACAGGGAGGGGGCUUAUUUGAGAGGAGGAGCUUAUGUAAUUUAGCAAAGACAAUGGUAUCAGUUCUCCAUAAAGGACUAGAAUACAAAGUGGAAAAGUGAGGAUCAUAAACAAAUCUGAACUUUCAGUUGGUGAAUGAACCAUCCUGGAUCGGUCCACACGAAGUCUUACAGUUGUGAUUGACUAAUACAGUCUACCAUUUAUUAAUCAGUGAAGAAUAUAAAGGGGAAGGGGAACUUAUUUGAGGGUGGGGGGGUUAAAAGAGGAUUUACAGUAUUUACAUUUGAUGUUCAUUUCAUGAAUGUGUUUUCAUUAUGUUACAUCUGUUUGACACAAAGGAGCACAUUUAGUUACUGUACCAUACUUUGAGAACCAAACUUAAAUGCAGUGGUUAUUAUUAUGUGGUAAGUAAGUAAGUAUUAUACACAUUUCCGGGUGAUGUUUGGUAGAAAGACUGUCCAGUGCAAAAACAAACACCUGAUAGCAGGUUAUCAUCAUGACAAGCAAUUAUCUCAGUGCAAAAGGAGACAAUAUUCAGCACUCUUGUACAUCUCAAUAAUACAAGUCAUUGGUCCAUCAUUACACAAAGGAAGAAAAGUAUUAAUUUUAUCCUAAUGAAAUAGAACAUUUCUGCAGUGAGCACGAUCGUGGCGUGAAUUAAGAUAUAUUGUUUUAUUCAAUUUUACAACAGUGAAAAAUAAUUUUCAUCAAUCAAGAAAUCUAAUCUGAAGAGAAUUAGGGUAGUUGCCCUUCUAUACAACCUCAGCUCUUAGAAAUCAGGUUAAUGGUUUCUGUUUCCUACAACAAAAGAAGUAAUAAAAUGAUUAUGGUAGAUGUACAGCUUGUUUUAUAAGAAAUAUUAUUUUUCAAAACACUUAGAAGAAAAAAAUCUACAAUGACAGAACAAAUAAAAAUUAGUUACUACAAAUAACAAACAGCAAAAGAAACGAGCUUCAUACAUGUAAACAAUCAUCCACAUGCUAAAACAUUAUUUGUAGCAUGCUGUAAAAUGUCUAACAAACACCUGAUAGCAGGUUAUCAUCAUGACAAACAAAAUAUAAUAACCUCAAGAGUUUCGAUUCUCACCUGUUUGCCUGUGUACGACGAGGACGAUGAUGAUGACCCCGAUAUGAAACUUUUGUAUCUCUACGACUCAAAUGUGAAUCAGAAUUCAAAGGAGGCAAAGUAGGACGCUGUAAUUUGAAAUCAAAGCUAUGACAGCUGUUCGACCACGCGAAGUUCAUGAAACAAGACGAUUCUGGCCAGCCAAACGCAUUUUCAAAAUAUGGACAAUCAAAGCUGAAAGCCUUUGGGUACAAUCAAUAGCAAGUUCCCUGUAGCUGUUCCUGUGGGCAAGGGUGUAAUCCGAUGUCAGUUUGCUGAAAGCUGAAAUAUGCUCGAAGGAUUUGCAAUAUAAACACUCGAUGUUUACAUACGGUGGACAUCCCAAACGGCGCUCUCAGUAACUUCACGCACAAAGUUUUGAAGGCAAUUAAACAGUAGGUUUCAUUUAACGUUUCUUGCUAUAUUUGAUUAUUUCUUUUUCUACGGACAGCAGUCUUGUAGGUCCUUGUAGUUUAGCAUCGCUUUCUCACGCUCAGCCGCCAUGCUCGAUCUUUAAUUUUCCCAGGUUUGCGCAGGCGCAGUUACGCAAAACAGGCCAAAUUACGUCAUUAUCCACUAGCCAAUCAGCGGUUUUUGCGCUCUGUCUGUUGCGUCCGUUUGCACACCCUGUUGCAUGUUGUUGGAUGUUUUUGCGUGUUGUUGCGCAAAGUUUGAAACCAGUCAAACUUUUCAGCCAACAAAUCCCAACAUUUCUUUUGUUCCGUGAUCGCUGAAGCGUAGCGCAACAAUGUGGUAUCCCUUUGCACAGCUCUUCCAACAUUGUUGGGGCCGCGCACGCUCAUUACACAUGGUUUACAAAGACUUAUGGGUUGUAUCCUUCCCACGAUGCACUGCAGGUUCCAACAUUAUUGGCGCAACAAUGUUGGAAGUUGUUGCGUCCGUUUGCACGCAGCCUUACUUAGAACAUUUGAAUCCACUCGACGUAACGCGUUUCAUUCUUCCUGUAGAUUCCAAGACAGGGAGGAGUACGUGGCGCAUAUUUUCUCAAUACUAAGUAGUGCGCGCGCGUUAAUAAGCCUCAUUUCGGCGAAAUAGCCGUCGUUAUUCAACUACGGAUUUUAGUGUGAAUAUCGUAGUAGCGGAAGCAAGUAAUCAUUUGUUAGAAAUUCUUAUUAAGUAGGUGUAUGUGAAAGAGGUACCGUAUUUCAAUGGAAGGUACCAUAAAAUUCCGAAAAUAAGCCCUGGGGCUUAUAUUUUUCAAAGGUCCCUUUUGAGGGGCUUAUUUUUGGAGGAGCUUAUAAUCGGAGGGGCUUAUCUAAGGAGGGAAAUUUGCGUUUCAAAAUCGACUGGGCUAGCCUUAUAGCUGGAAGGAAAUUGACCGUUUUUCCUUUAUUUUAGUUUGUGUUUGAGGGCAAUUUCCAAGUACAAGCCCCCGGGGGGCUUAUAUUCGGAGGGGCGAUUUAACGGAGCGUUUUUUUUGCUUCACGAGUAUGGGGGGCUUAUAUUUGCAUGGGCUUAUACAUGGAGCGGCUUAUUUUCGGAAUUUUACGGUAUACGAAAGGCGUUGCUUUUCUGUCAAAAAUGAUAUAUGAAAGUGUAAGGGGCUGAAUCUUGCGGGGAACUUCCCCGCAUAAAAGUUUGUUGAGUACCCGCCCCCCUCCCCCCGGGAGUUUGAAAGAGCGGUAAGGUCUUUCUUACUUGGGUCUUGUACGGAAAGGGAUUAAACUAUGCCUAAGUAGCAAGGGUAUUAAGCUAUUUUGACGUUUCUGCCUGUAAAACAAAUAUAGGCUGUACGACACCGCUUGGUAUGGAAAAUAGGGCUAUCCCUGAUUCAUGGAUAACCGCCUCAUCGUCACGUGACAACAAACACACCGCUUGGCAAGCAAGGCUACAUCUACCAGCUGAUGGCGGCACGGGGGGAGGUUGGUCGGCUCGUCACGAUGAUUUCCGUCAGUGGCUGAAGGUAGAACUUGGUGGUUACACAACUGUAACACGUGUAGCGACACAAGGAGGGAGUGGACGAAAUGAAUGGGUGACAAAGUACAGAUUACAAUAUAGCAACGCUGGGAAUAUUUUCAAGUAUUAUAGGUUGAGUGACAACAGUUCAGCAAUGGUAAGUACUCAAAGCUCAGUCGACGUAUUUGGUAAGUCUCGCCGUUAGAUAGAACCAGCCUCGUCUUAAGUCAUCCUUGACGAUUUAGGAUGUGGCGUCACCUGUCAAGCUUGUGGGGGACGCCUCGCGCUAUCGCACUUGGUUAAAGGCUUCCUCUACUCACUCGGAUAGUGCGAAUUGGCCUAGAAACGAUGUCCAACCGUCCAACCGUUGGAAUGGGACUCUAAGGUUAUAUUUUGUUGGAAGAUUGAUCGUUGCGCGUAAAAUUGCUUGCAAUUGCAUGCCAAUUUAUGUGAUAGUUUUGCACAGGGUUGUGUGUAAUAGAUCUCGAAAUAAAAGCAAGAGGAAGAAGCAGUUAAGAUAGCAACAACUUUUGCGAUGCGGAGAACUAACUCGAUUGAAGUUUACUACCAAUGUUCGCUGAAAGAGUUGCAGAUUCCUAUCUUUGCAAAAAUUAACACAUCACCCAAACCGGUUUUAGCGAACACGGGUCUUUAAACUUCCAGUUUGCCAUGAUCAGCCAUGCUUUUGUCUCUUCUGUUUCGAGAACGGGUGCCCGGUGAGUGGACAUAAUUAUAUUUCUUUUCUUCUCUUUCAGGUGUUUGAAGGUAACAAGGACAGUAACAGCGUUUUUACAAACAGAUUAAGCCAGCCGAUCAGAGCACGCUUCAUUCGCUUUAGACCAAUGGAGUGGCAUAAUCACAUAUCGAUGAGAGUGGAGAUCUACGGCUGCCCAGGUGUGCUUCACCUUCAAAUAAUUUUGUUAGAGUUAUAUAUGGUGUGAGCUUGAAUAGAGAUGCUUAUUCGUUUAAGGAAAAAAAAAUCAGACCCGAAAGAUGAAUUGUCAUUAUGAAUUGUACUGUACUUACAGUGUAACAUGUUCCAAUACAGGCUGCAUGGCAGCGCUUGGCAUGGAAAAUAACCAAAUAUCAGACGCCCAGAUCAGUGCAUCUUCAGUGUCUGACGACCGAAGCUCUCCAGUACAGGCCAGGCUGCACCUACCGGGAGGGGGUGGGUGGAGUGCCCUUAAAAACGAUCCCCACCAGUGGUUACAGGUGGACCUUAGAAGUUACACCACAGUAACACGUGUAGCGACUCAGGGGAGGACUAGGACCAAGGAGUGGGUGACCAAAUACAAGUUACAGUACAGUGAUGAUGAAAUGAACUUCCAGUUUUACAAAGAACAUGGAGACAAGUCAGCUAAGGUAUUUUAUAGCAAAUGUCAAAUACCGUACUUUAAUUUGAGCUUCAAUUGAGCUUUCUCGCCAGAAAAUUAUGUUUAAUUCUUUUACUUAUGUAAUUUACAUCACCUUUAACCUUUCACCAAAUGUUUUUUGUUCGUUUUUUGUUUUUUGUUUUUGUUUUUUUUUUUCAUGUAUACAGUGUAUUGAAUGACUAUAUUUUUCUGGAAAAAAAAGAAGAGAAACUCAACAGGACAGGAUGUGGAAAGGCAUUCUUGGGAUCCGGGAUUUGACCGAAUUAUAGUGUGGGAUUCGGGAAAGUUUAUCGGGAUCCGGGAUUGGACCGAAUAAUAGUGUGGGAUUCGGGAAACUUAAACGGGAUGCGGGAAAACGCAAAAUUUCCUAACGGGACGGGAUUUGACUGCUACUCGGUAAGCUGGAUUCGCCAUAAUCUUGGCACGGGAUGCGGUAUUGGGGAAGUAAAAGGUCUUCGGGACAGAAAUGACAGAACUUCGGGAUGCGGGACUGUGGUGAAAAUGGAGCGGCAAUUCGGGAUCAGGACCCCUGUUUAGAGAUAAGAAGAUAUUUAAUCACAGCAUAAUUUUUCAAGUCAAGCGUAAAACUUCGUCUUUUUUAUUCAAUAUUAAUUUGAAACAAGUGAAAAAUGACGCGGAUAAGAACGAACGACGUUUUGGUGUUAUCUUGACGGAAUUUUCAAGUUUAAAGUAUAACUAAACCUUUGCUUGUUAACAUUAAUUUGAUACAGAUAUUUUUUUUUCGACUACAGGCCAAAAUCUUCGCCAUCCUCCACAGAAUCGGGACUUUUUAUAAAGUUAAUGCUAAUUUCUGCGUUCGUUUUAAUUGGCUCUUACCAAUUACCUAAAUUAUCUAUAUGGCAACGCCGAGGUCAUGGAGUGGGUUGUCUAGCAUACCGAACAGUUUUCAAACUCGUUGACAACGUUAAGCCUUAGCUUCGGCGAAACAAACAUUUUCGUCCAAUAUAAUAUUUGUCAUGCACAACAUAGGGUGUCUAAAGGACUAAACAUCUGUUGGUGAUGGAUAAUGUUGGAUCAAACCUUGAAAGUUAUUUAAAUGCAAUGUUAAGAGAGGCGGUUAAACGGUAAAACAUUCUCCUGCAACACGAUGUUACCGCAGACUACACGAUGUGAGACGAAAAUGUUUAAUCGGCUUUAAUAUGAUGAUUUGCACUAAAGAGACUAAACCAAACAACUGCGUAUGGAGCUCGCUUGCAUUUUGUUCUCAGCACAUUUCCACAAUUUUGUGAUCUAAAGCUAAACCAAUCGCUGCGCAGCAAAUGGAAUGCAAUUGCUAUAUUUACUUUUUUUUAUUCUUUUAGGUUUGUCCUGGCAAUCGUAACAGUGACAGUGUUGUGUCUAAUACACUGAACCCAGCAGUCACAGCAGUGUUCAUUCGUAUAUUGCCAGAGGAAUGGAACGUUCGCAUAUCUAUGAGGAUAGAGCUGUACGGCUGUCCAGGUGAUUUGGUUUUAAUGGGACGCAAGUGUUGAGAACGUGUACUUGUUUUUAAGUUUAUUUAAAGAGGAGAAAACACCAGACGUUACAGUCAAACUUUAAUACGCGUAAUACGGACACCUCGUUAUUACGGACAGUUUGUUUUAUCCCUGGGGAAAGAAAGCCCUUACAUUUUCUCUAAAUUCAACCCGCGUAAUACGUACACCUCAUUAUUACGGACAGUUUGCUUUAUCCCUGGGGAAAGAAAGCCCUUACAUUUUCUCUAAAUUCAACCCGCUUAAUACGGACACCUCAUUAUUACGGACAGUUUGCUUUAUCCCUGGGGAAAGAAAGCCCUUACAUUUUCUCUAAAUUCAACCCGCUUAAUACGGACACCUCAUUAUUACGGACAGUUUGCUUUGUCCCUGGGGAAAGAAAGCCCUUACAUUUUCUCUAAAUUCAACCCGCUUAAUACGGACACCUCAUUAUUACGGACAGUUUGCUUUAUCCCUGGGGAAAGAAAGCCCUUACAUUUUCUCUUAAUUCAACCCGCUUAAUACGGACACCUCAUUAUUACGGACAGUUUGCUUUAUCCCUGGGGAAAGAAAGCCCUUACAUUUUCUCUAAAUUCAACCCGCUUAAUACGGACACCUCAUUAUUACGGACAGUUUGCUUUAUCCCUGGGGGAAAGAAAGCCCUUACAGUUUUCUCUUAAUUCAUCCCGCUUAAAUUCCGACAACGUUCAUUGAAGUAGCUGUCUUAAACAGGCUCGGCAUUCAACUUAAAGCUUUUUAAGAUUUCGUACUCAGUUCCUGGCACUAAAAAUUCUAGGGUGCGCAUUAUCGUCGUCCUUGUAAGGGUAGUCGUGCAUAUGACAGCGACGGAAGUCAGUUCGACGACCUGUUUUUUUUUUAUGACCUUAAAGAUGACUAAGGGGCUGUUUGCAUGGUCGAAAGAAGAUCCUAGAAGGCGGAUCAUCCUAUAGCCGUACCUUUUCUGUAUCCAGUUUAUAUACAAAACGUUGUAUUUGUCCAUAGCGCUAGGAUCUUCUUAGCUGAGGGGUAGGAAGAUCCUAGCACAUUGUAAACUGCUUUCGCUUGGAAGAUCCUAGCUCUAGGGACAAACCACACAAACAUAGCGUAGGGUCGUUCAGUGCACCAGACGUAGUUAAUCGAUAAUAAUUGAUAGUAACCGAUAAUAACGAUUUCCGAUAUCGAUCAAUAGAAAUCGAUAAAGAAAAAAGUUGUGACUUCGUUUAAUAUCCACGAUUUUCCGAUAGAAAUCGAUGAUGGUUUUUUUAUCAAUUGUCAUCGAUUACUAUCGAUCCCUAUCGAUUGUUAUCAAUUUGUUAUUCGGUAAACUAUUUUUUCGGUGACUUCGAUUUCUAUCGAUUUCCGAUAUCAAUCUAUAUUAAUUGGCGGAUUAAAUCGAUUAAUUCGAUGAUACCGAUUGAUUUCCGAUAUCGAUAUUUACUGAUUAAUUACGUCUGGAGUGGGUAAUCUUUCAUCUUUAGUUCCUUCUCUGUUGUUAACCACAAGGACCGAAAUUUCUGAAUGUAAACCAAUGAAAAGUUGUUCCGCCUUCUAGGAUCUUCCUCCCUCCAUUUAAAUUACAGACCCUUGCACACAGGUUAUAGAAACGUCAUUCACUGCUAACAACAGUCCUGUUCAGGUCUACACUCACCUGGAUGAUCAUAUUCUUCUUACUUAUGAAAUGACUCCUGGCUUCAAACCUUUCAACUUUCUAGGAUGCGUCAGUGCCCUUGGCGUAGGAAAUGGUGAAAUCCCAGAUGCUCAUAUUACCGCGUCUUCACAGCUGAAUGACAACAAUGGGGCAGCACUUGCCAGAUUACGCUUAAAAAAAGCUGGUCCCAAGCAAGGAGGGUGGUCUGCUCUUUACAAUGACUUUGACCAAUGGAUUCAGGUGGAUCUUGGUGGUUCCACCAGAGUCACUAGGGUAGCGACGCAAGGAAAGAAUGCAGGUGAUGCGUGGGUGGUCAAGUACCGACUGCAGUACAGUGAAGACCUUGGAAUGAACUUUUCUUUUCUCAAGAAGUCAGUCAACAGUUCAGCAAAAGUAUGUUUUUUUUUUGGUUCGUUUUUUGCCACUGCUAUUUUCCUGCUACUAGCAGCGAUAUCGUGAGGAAAACGCUCUAAGCGUGGGGCGUACCCCGUGAAUAUUUGUUUCCGGCUUGCGCUCUGACACUGGAUCCCCAUCCUAUGCAAUCUCGUGCCAGAUUAUGGGCAAAAAGCCCUGUCCUUUCUAAUCAAGAACCUCUAAUUCUCCAUAACACUGGCCAUUCACCCAUGAAUCAUAUCCAGCUCAGAGCGGAGCAUUUCCGUACAGCGUACAUGACGGUUAAUCCCACCCGCAAAAGGUCUACGAGAAAGAUUGGCGAGGGGAGCAUGUUAUGUUAUAAAACUUUAUCCGAAUUUAUUAUGUGAUUUAUUUACGAAUACGUCCAGCUACCAGUCCUUCCAGCAAAUUGCCUUGAAGGCUCUUUUUGGAGUUACUCUAAUUACCUUUGUAAUCUUUGUUAAAAGUAACUGUUUUGUUAAAUUUAAAUUUUUUUCUAAAGGUGCUUUACGGAAAUCACGACAGUGAGACUGUGGUGUAUAAUGUCUUGGUCCCACCAAUCACAGCACGCCUAAUUCGUGUCUUACCAGUAGAGUGGCACAGUCAGAUAUCAAUGAGACUGGAAAUAUACGGAUGUCCAGGUAUUAACUACAAAAUAUAUAUACAAAAUAUUUUCGGAUUUUUUAGGUCCCACGAAAACAGCAAAAACUUGGAAGUCCUCUAAAUUUUUUCAAAGGAUGACAUCGUGCGUACUGCGCAAGAUCGAGCCAGAUGGAGACGACUUAUAGUCCACUGCUCCUCUGUCGACCGAUGAUGAUGAGCCAAUGAUUAAAGGAGCUGUCUAGUUCAUUGGGUGAAUAUUGCUAAUGACGCGUCUUUAUUCGUUGAGGAACUUAACGUUAACGAGGAAAAUACUCAAUAGAUGACAAAAUCACAGCCUCUUAUCCACCCAAAAAUUAAGCAAAUUCACAAAAAAAACCGGAUGAUUCGGUUUCUACUAUACUACUGAUAUCUCUCCCUUAGCAUUACAUCAAAUGUUACAAACAUCAAAAACUCUGAAAAACUGUUAGGCUAACAAGUUUUCGAAAACCUGAAAUGUAAUCCGUUUUAAUCUUUUUUUAAGUUUGUCCAUCCAUGCCUUUUUUUGUAUUUGCUGUGUUAUUUAUACCUUAUUUUACUGUUUUGAUCAGUUAUUUUUAUGAUUUACACAAUUUGGUGGCAGCUCUCACCGUUGAAAAGGAGCUGUGUUACGAAAUUUAUCAAAAUUGAAACAUUUGAAACGGCCACCAAAACUGAGUGAAACAUAAGGAGAAGGAAUAAAUAACACUGCAAAUACAAAAAGGAGGAACUAAUGGACUAAACUGAAGAAGAUUGAAACGGACUGCAUUUGAGUUUUUUAAAACUUGUGAGCAGGGUAGCCCUUAGCCUGUGUCACAGAUGGAAAUUAACCUCUGGUUAAGCCCGUAUACGAACCAGCCCCGAAAUGCUUGUUCUGGGUCCCCACCUGUGUAACCGGAUUUGAGUACGCGCCAUGAUUGACCUGUUAAAAGAGCCAUUGUCAAUUUUUACCAAUCAGGUUGAAGGGAAAUACGAAACGCAUUUCCGGUGAUUCGUUGAGUCCGUUGGGGGCCCAGAACAAUGAUAUCGGCUCUGCUUUGCAGACGUUACUAACCGGAGUUAGAUUACUUCUGUGACGUAGGCUAGGUAGCCCAUUUACAAGUAAUUUCUCAAGUUCCAUAACAAAUAAGGACGCGUUAAUGGCGUUAAUAGUGGACUUACGCAACAGGACGGGAGAGGAGAGAAGACGGCAAACCUUGAGUGACAAGCGUGUCAAUAAUUUUGUUUGAAAAAACCCUCUACCAAACUUCACCUUCCUUUAAACAGAUCUUUUUGUGAAAGACCAGAACGCAGAAAUGUUAAGUGAAGAUCAGGUCAAAACUCGCAAGUAACACCCCCGUCACAUUUAUCGCACACAUGCGUUUUGCUGUCCCUCCUUCCAGCGGUCCUGUUGCGUAAACUCACUAUUAACAGGAUGAAUUAGACGGCCGUGUCACAGGCCCUUUCAGUGUCUUGUAGAGUCUUGGGUAAUGCAUCGUUUCGCUAUGUUUUUUUUUUAGUUCCUUCUUCGACUCCAACUGUACAGCCAACGGAGCGAACUACAAAGACAAUAUCGACUGAAAAAGUUAGUUCUACUGGGGUCAUAACGCCAGUAGGGACGCCUAGAAAAUAUGUGGCGCGUCCAAGAAAAGGUAACAUUAAUGUAUGUGUUGCAAUUAAUUUUUUUAUUCAGUUGAAUUUUGUUUUUCCUUUGUUUUUUGUUAUGGUAAUGAGUUUGAAACAAAGAAAAAGCAAAACUUAACUGAAAUAAAAAAUUACCUGCGACAUAUGUGAUAAUGAACAAUUAUUCAAUGAGGCUGAGCAGGAUGUUAUUUUUCUUGCAGAUACUCUUCAAAAAGUAGACACUAAAGAUAAAAAGCAUGGGAAUGAAAUCUAGAAUCAACAAUGAAAACAUGUUUUAACUUAAAAACAAAUUUACGUUAUUAGUGUCGCAGGAAGAGGAUACGUGCAGGGUAUUCGUGCUGGGUUUUACAGAGGAUUGUACCACACCACCGCAGUCUACGCCCCCUACUCUUUACGAACAGCAUCGUAGGUUUCUUUUACGUCCCACAAGGAAUUAGAACGAUGGAAGAGCUGUGAGACGGGACCUACGGUUUUUCGUUCUUAUCCGAGAAGACUAGAGUGUCUAACCUUUUGUAGAUUUCACAACAAAGGCAGUACAUUCUCCUCAUUUAUUUUAAGACCCUGAGUGUUGGUCCGGCCGGGGUUUGAACCUGCGACAUACCGCUCGGCAGACCGGCGCCCAUCUAAUUAAGCUAACAGGGAACGGUCUUAAGGACUAAACACUUCAGCUCUCAGCGUAACAACGGACCUCCGGGGCGGACCCAAAACUUGGCUUUUAUCAUUUACGUUAUCAUCAUUAAUAUCAUUAUCUUUAUCCGAUUAUUGACAAUUCAUUGAACGAAGUUCAGCAAAAUAUUGUGAUUUGUCAGUGGAGGCAAAUAAUUGAUCUGCGAGACACAAAUCGAGAUAUUUUGCGAUAACCGAGUUCGGUAAUUGUUUUAUCAUUCGGUCACCCAGUUUGUUUUUAAAAUAAUGAAUAUCUGUCAUCUUGCUUUGUGCACUGGCUGAUCUCAUACCGAUUUACUUGCUAAGAGGGCGAGUCAUAACCCACGACCAAAGGCCCCUAAGACUUCACCUUCUUACUCUAUAACUCUAAUCCUUCCUGUUCCUAGUAGCGUGUUUUUUUGGAGUAAUGAAAUACUAAUUCUUAUGUCCAACUUUUCCAGCCACUUAUCCAAGUUCUUUGUCACACUUCCCAAUGAUCCUACAACAAUGGGUAUCACCUGCACAGUUAUUAUUAUUAUUAUUAUUAUUAUUAUUAUUAUUAUUAUUAUUAUGAUCAUCAUCAUUGUUAUUAAACUUCAGUGGCUAUUUAGUUUUUUUGCUGACGAAUGUUUUGCAAACACUUUGCAGGUUCCAAGGUUUCUGCUAUCGUCGCGCCAGUGGUAGUGUUCGUUUUGCUCGCCGUUUUGCUGUUGGUUGGAUUCUUCUUCUGGAGAAGG